AUGGCUAAUCGACUGUCCCGUCCCGCUCUGAGUCUUGCAAAGGGGGAAGAAGUUGUUGACGUUCCCGCCAGGCGCGCUGCUUCACGCGUAGUCGCCAAGCUACGUCGGCACGCCUAUUCAGACGCAUUGACCCAAGCGACAUCUGCUCGCGAUAAGGACUUGGUUUCCACUGCGAGUAAUGAUUUAUCUGGUGGAGAACUGCCAAAACUGUAUUCCCAUCGGCUGUCUGCCGACCGGUCGACAGUCCAGGCCGUGAGCACAUUUUAUACCGACAGGAACCAUAACUCCGUCGAAGUUAACUACCAGCAACUUUAUCUCUUCCGCCCUGUGAUUUGCGCUCACGAUGAGUGAGGGAUAAGAAGUGGAAAUUUCCUGCAUGUCAUACUCUCCUUUCCUGUCUACUUCGAAUUCGGGGGGCACUGAAUUCAGUGAUCGUAAUUGCUGAUUAGUCCUUUGACAAUAAUCCGUUGUGGCUCAGUUUCUACUCAGCUAGAAUGCUCCAAUGGGCGAACGCGAAAUCCCAUCGCAGUUAAGAUCUUGUGCAGGGGUCACUAUGAGCGAUACAUGCCCUUUCCUUCUUUUCUACUAUGAUAGGCGGUCAAGAAAUGAGUGGACUUUAUAGAGAGUAGAACGCAGGUGCAGUGAUUGAGGAUUGGAUGAACUUAUCCGCCAGCAAUUUUAUCUGGACCACUGUUAUUACUUGUAACAGUCGCUGGUGCCACACACAGGGUUUAAACCCUAAUUCGAAGGGGUCCUUCAUACCGGCCAACUCGCAUACUCGAAAAAAUUGAGUCUUGCAGGGCUUGCUAUUUUGAAACCCAAGAAAGGCCUGCUGAGUCACCCCCCUCCGGCGAAUAAAUAUAGUGGCUCCUGCCAAAACGUCAUUUUUUCAGUCUCCUGCCGUGCCCGUCGCGCACGUUUUUCAUCAAAUUCCUUUGAAGCCACACUUUUAAGGAGCACCGUAGGCCAAGGAGUGUGCCUGAAAAGCCUGCACGUCCACGCACGAGGUGAGAGGGUGAGUGGUGACUUGAUUAACCUUUCGCCGGAAUCCUCCGAAUUCGCUGGAAAGAACCAAAGUCGGGCAAACUCAUUUGGUGAAUCUGCCCCUGGCAUCACAGUCGCAGAACUGGUCAGAUAGAGACGCAGCCAACCCUAUAGGGACGUGAAGGCUGACUUGGUUUUUAACGGAGUGAUGAGGAAAUCUCGACCAGGUUGUGAAACCUCCAUAAGAUUAUCUGUUGAGCUCAUUCUUAAUUACAGCCGUUCUUGGUUCUAGUCAAGAAACGUUCGCCACUUCUUGUUUAACUUGCCCACUCUGACAAUUUUUACGAGAGCUUACUGGAACAGAAAAGAGAAGCGGUAUCUACUUUUGUCACUAGUACUUACUAGUUGUCAGGAAGGCUUGUCUAUAUUUAGGCACCUGCUCUGUUGUAAAGUAUGGGUUGUCAUUUGUCUAUCUGUUCUCUGGGAGGCGUCUUUCUGUGGUACCCAAGCCCGUGUGUUUUAUCUUCCAAUAGUCCUGGGGUCUUAGUUAAUAUGAAUAACUAUAAAAAGAUUUCGAAACAAAAAUAUAUGGAAGAAGUUGGUUGUACCAACAAAUUUUGCAACGGCUUACCAACUGCCUGACCAAGGCCAUGGAGUUCUCAUUCUGAACCGGAGAGACCAUGUAAGCAAAAUGACCUUUUUACCGAUCCGUGUAAUUUUCGUCUAUAAAAGCUAGAGAAAGAUGAAACCAAGGCAAUGCAAGACUACGCCUGAAAACUAUCUGAACAAUUGUUGGACAGAAAUCUGGUUGAUGCUAAAACCGCACUAUCCCUCAGACCAGGGGACACGUGUAAUCCCAGACUGUAUGGGUUGCCAAAAACGCAUAAAGAGAACAUACUUCUACGACCAAUUCUCUCUAUGCCAAAUUCAUUCCUACACGUGCUAGCACAGUGGCUUGUCAAGGAAUUAGAACCAAUCCGACACCGAUUUUCGACUUACACGAUGAAGAAAAAUUUCCAUUUUAUUGUAAAAAUUAGGCAUCAAAAUAUUUCUAGCAAAUACAUGAUCCCCUUGGACGUUAAAUAACUAUUUACAAGUGUACAAAUUGAUGAAAUAAUAGAUGUCAUAUACGUCCAUACGUCUGUAAGCCUUCUUUCACCCGAAAUACUACGUGACUUGUAGAAACGGUGCACGAAAAGUGUUCAACUUCUGUUUGAUGGACAACUAUACAGACAAAUGGACGGAGUAGCAAUUGGAAGUCCACUUGGAAAAACCCUUACCGUCAUUUUAUGGGCCACCUAGGAGAAGAGUUGUCAUCCAACUUGAACAUGAAGACUAUACAGCAGAUAUGUAGAUGAUGUAUUUGCAAUUGCUAUAACGGACAAAGACGAAGGAGACUGGAAUGGCCAUUUCCGGCUUAUUAGCCGUCGUCAGGUGUUCCACACUUCGGAGUUGGGUAUGACUGGCUGACGAUGGCAAAGAGGCUAGAAACGGCCAUUGCAGUCUCCCUUGACUUUGUCGGUAAUAACAUACUGCCUAUAUCAUGCGCUGCAGUGCGGCUGCUGGUUGAGCUCGAGAGAGAGAGCCCUUAAGGCACAACGGAACGAGUGUGCUCCGUAAGAACAAUCAGUGUGCGGCCCUCUACCAUGUUUGCAAUUUUUGACAACAACGGGGAAGUCGAAGACCUCCUUGUUGAGUCUCCAUCCAAAGAUUAAAAAGAAGAGUGCAACAGACUAUCUUUUCUGGGCGUCCUCAUGACUAGACAGGAAGAUGGCUCAAUAAUGUUAUCGGUUUUCCAUAGGGAUGCCUGGAAAGGUCAGCGCCUACACUUUCCGAGCUUUGUACCAAUACAGCAAGAGCGAAACCUAGUGUGCGCUCAGUUCUAAAGAGUGGGAAACAUUUGCUCAUUUAAGACACUGCAUGUAAAAAUUGUUUGCGUAAAAACAACAUUGCGUAAACGUGCAUAUCCAACGCGUAUCAUCCAAAAGUACAGCAACACUUUACGGCCAAAAAUAACGGAACAGUCACUUCCGAAGAAGCCCCUGGUAAUAUCCCUACACAUUAAGGGUGACAACAUUUCAAAUACCAUAAAACGACGAUUAAGAUGUAUCUUUGAAAGGACACACAAUGCAGCCGAACUCAUAUUCAGCAAUCCCACUAAAAUUAUUCCAAUUCCACAGGCAAAGUAUGUCUUGCCACUGCAUUCCACCUCACACUGUACUUUUGAAUUCACAUGCACUUGUUGCUGCAAGUGCAUUGGACGAACGCAAAAGCAGCCAGCCUGCCUAAACGGUUUUUAGGGCAGGAAAGUAGAAUUCCUCGUUCUUCUAUCACGAAGCGCCUCCUAGAUAGCGAUCGCGCCAUUGACCCCAAAACAUCCUCCCGAGUAUUAGUUCGAGCACGGAAACUCGGACAUUGCGCUAUUUGGAGGCCGUCCACAUACGGUGGAAAAAAACCGACCGAUGCAAACACUUAGACCACGUAGUGAACUUCAGUUUGCCCUGGUAAAUCUAAGCCCUUUAACUUACGACCCCCCCCCGCGUGUUAACUUACGCAUUUUCUUUCCUAAGUUGUGUUUUUCAGUCGUCGUUUUUAUUUUUUAGGCUGUGUAAAUUCAACGAUGACCUUUCUGCUUCGCAUUAAUUUUUGCUGUGGAAAUGCACUUCUCUGUAUCUUUCUCAUUCGUUAUCUCUUAUGCAGCAACAGGUUACAGUUGAUAAGCCGUCGCAAAAUUUGUAAGUUCUAAUAAAUUCUGCUGUGCAUGCCUGUUUCAAAUUCACACCAGGAAAAUAUUGGGUCGGAUGUGGGUUGGUAGCCACACCUGAAGUAAGCAAACCUCAGUCACUUCUAAUACGGGACCGUUGGUAAUGGGGUUUUUUUCAGGUGGGAUCGACGAAAGCACAGGCGACGAGGUCAAGUAGUUGAAUGCAAAAGAAAGCUAUUGAGAAUGCGCGGUCGUACUUUGAAUGGAUGAAAAAUAAUUGCGCUAACUGCUAACCCUAACCCCUAACCCUAACCAUAAUCCCUAAACACAGCCGCUAAGGCUAACUUUUGACCCCAACCCCAGCAGUAUUAUGUCCAUCAGGUGGGGCUACCAAACCAUAUCUUAUCAAAUAUUGCUAUAAAAGAUUUACAAAUGGGCCACCCCAUAUACCUAAAUCAGGCCAGACAAAUUAAUGUAGGCUUGAGUUAUGUGCGUGUGUGUACUAGAGGUAGGUUAGAUGGCUUCCGGAAGGCAGACGCUUGUAAACAGUGGACCCAAUUUACUUUGACGACCUGUUGGUCUCGUAGCCAUUAGUUCAAUCGCUAGGUCGAAAAUCAGCCGUGUAUGCAAUAUUGCCAUCCGUGUAGGCAUUUUAUGCAACUCAGAGCAUCCUUUAUAAUAUCGGUAAAGAAACUAAUACGAAUUUGGAUCCGACAAAGACAAUGACGAUGUUAGUGGAGAAAUAAGUGGUCUAUCCUAUCGCGCGGGUGGACACCGCUUCAUUUGUCAGCGAAACCAGGCAAGGAUGACUGAGGUAACGGUAAUAUCACGCUUGAGUCAAUCAGUCCUCAUUCUACAGCUUACGUUGCGCGACAGCUAACUUAGAUUUUAAGUACUGUGGGGUGUAUUGAAGCGUUUGGCAUGCGACAGUUCGACUGUCGAAAGUGACGACGUUCACUGCAUACCCCAAAUAAUGGAUGCAAGGGGACUGGCUUGCGCCCGAAUUAGUUUGGUUGAAACAGCUUCUAUUUCACUCUCUUUCCCCCUUAACCCACCUUGAUCCAAUGACAAGACAAACUGAAUACGACUGGUGGUGCAUGUGUGAUCGACGAAGCCAAGCUGCCUCUCUUCUUGUCACACAGACGACCUGGUCUCAUUCCAGAUGUACUAGACCAUAACAUGAGCCACUCUGAGCUCACACGUGAGCGAAUGCAUAAAGGUCGCGUUAGAAAGAGCCCAUUACGGCCUGAAACUGAGAAAGCACGGGUUAGGGCUUAAACUGGCAACCUUCCAAGCCCGACUCUUAACGCGUCCUGAUAAAUUCAAGCGCGGAAGGUUGAUGCACAUUGAUGUGACACGUCGACCUCACGUACUAGUCUCCCACACAUCAGUCUACUGUCAAAAGUAAAUCCUUGCUGUAAAUCGGGGUUCAGGCAAUUGAGUGGGACCCGAACGAAGAUUUUGUCUGUGCUGUUCAAAUGGGCGAUGCUUCCGUGGUUGUGAUGGAGUUGCCGGUCCCCUUGCAUUUGUAUAGAUGGACAUUGGGGACGUCCACUAGUUCGUGAAGGGUUUUCUAUUUUCUCUCUAUCUCCUGAACUGGCAAGGUGAACCUGCCCAUGGUCUGAUGGUCGUCACGCUUGUGGACUGGAGAUUGGAGGGGACCAGCGCCCUGCAUCUGGCCGCUGGAAUCUGGCGUACAGCUUCGAUGGUUGCCCACAUCGAGGACGGAUGGCCGACGUCCACGAUGGUCUUUAUUUUAAUGAGUCUGUUGAUGUCUUCGUCGGAUGUUGGGGAUGGCCCAUUCAGAACACCAGUCAGGUACUUCAGAACUUUGAAUUUCCUGUCAGAAGGGUUGGUUCGACGAAAAUGAGCUGCGACGCGGCUCCUGUGCGUUAUCUGCAUGAAUGAGAAAAACCUUUUCUCUUCCUUACUGUCUGCGCACCCUUGGAUUCCUGCAUUCCCGUGGGUCAUUCAAACAUUUUUCAUGUCCUUUAAUUGCAUUUCAGCAAGCCUGUACAUCAAAAGUGAGCUGGUGUAGGUGGUACGCAGUCUAUUCUUCUCAGAGAGCAAAUUGAAGACCUACUCGUCAUUAUCAUUGAGCCAAUCGUGGUGUUGGCAGGCUGCGCGAAUGAUGACAAUGAACGCCCUGCAAUUGCCCAACAAUUAUUCCAGUCUCAUUUACUAUGCGGACCGCUUAACUCGGUUUCUGGACGCCAUGCCUCUGCCCAAUAUCGAAGCUGCAACAGCGAUCAAGGCCCUCCUCAGUCGUUUGGUUGCAAUCUUUGGUGUUCCCUCCACCAUCCCGACUGACAGCGGAACUAAAUUGGAGUAUAAUCUUUCCCAGUCUUUCCUCUCUUUAUAGGCUUUGCUCUAAUCCGCACAACAACCUAUCACCCGGCUGCCAGCGAGAUGGUAGAACGGUUUAAUUGUCAGCCAAAAACAUCCCUACGGAGAACUGGACAGACCACCUCCCCUGGUUCUGUUAGAUAUCCGUCCCGUUCGGAAGUCGAGAUCUGCGUGUUACGCUGCCGGACUGAUGUUCGAACCUACUGAGCGACUUUGCGGUGAUAUGGUCUCCCCAACCUCUCGCGGUGCGAUCCAGGACCUUACCAACCUCCUGCACCGUUUGAGACAAUCUAUGCGGAGAAUCUCUCCGGUUCCAACCAGGCUAUCAGUCUCCGAUUCUUAUCCGGAGGAAGACUUGACGCAAUGCACUCAAGUAUACCGCCGAUGUGGUCGACUGAACCGACCACUACGACCAUCCUACAAUAGCCCAUUUAGGGUUGUCGCUCGAGGGCUAGAAACGUUUGGCAUUCAACGGUGAAGUUGUGAGGUGUUCGCGAACGUGGACCGCCUCAAAGCUGCCGUCACGGGCACUCCCCGGAUGAGUCCUGUGGUUUAUUUCCCCCUGCUCCUCCUCCCCUAGCCUCUGCCCCUCCGUUGAUGUCCGCUACCUCUAACUCUAUCUCCCACAUCAACCUCUGGCCUCCAGCCGGAGAACGCUUGCGCGUUUCUCCUGUGUGCCCGUAUAUAUCAUAAUCAGUGGCGUGGACGUCAUGUUCACUUGCUUGAUCAUUUUAUUACUUAGGUUUUUUAGGCAAGAACAAAUUCCCUCGUCGUCAUUGCACGCCACCUCCGUUUUACCCGGUGGGUAGUGUGCCAGAGUGCCGGACUAACUAGUCUUUAACUGUCUGACCACUUUUCACUAACGGCACUGCUUGCUGUGAUGUAACAUACAACCAAGCCUGGAGGGAUUUCCCGCUAGACGCGUACGCUUGGAGAUCGGGUCGUUGGAUUCUUGAAUGUUAAUUUUGUUCACCUACUGGUUUUUUACUAUUUUUCGUAGUCAGGCUGAUGUGUAUAACUGAUGGCUUAAACUCGCAAAAUAUCGGCUGCUAGUUGUAAGCACUACGUUUCCGACACAUCCACUGCCAUCUCCUGGGUAGAACUGCCAUUUAGGUCAACGAAUAAACGCAACGAAAAAUUAGGUUUGUUACUCUUUGGCAGAACACAAGAUCAGGCCAGGGCACUAUCUGUUGUUUUAUUAAUCCCGUAUGGAACUUAUCCAUUUUUGACUAGGUCAGAGAGGACAUCGUUUGGUUUUUCUGGUAGAGAUGUCACAAGAAUAGUAAUUUUCGUAUGGUCACGCGUCAAGAGGCAAGUCAGCGACAGAGAGGCUGAAAUGGAGUUAACAGCUACAGUGGAAAAUAUGCCGUUUUCAAGAGAAAUUUCAUUCCGUAAAAUUGUCACGCGGUUUUGGUGACAGUCGAAUCCAUUGAGCACAAGGCUUUCCCGAAAUGCGGUUCCUGUUUAUCGAAACGCUCAAGACGAGACGGUUCUUGAGAGUAUUUGCCCAAGUUCUUUUUUAUAAUGGUGUCGGUUUAGUUCAUACUCGCGAACUCUCCCAAACAUAAGUGCCGAAGAGGAUUUAAUUUCACAAAUGGAAAACAUCAAUGAAUAUACUCUGUAUCGAUUGAAAAACACCUCUAGCAAAAUUACCUAUUGUGAAGUCACUUUGAUAUACUACAUUUUUGAUGAAUCCUCACGUCCUUCAUUUUUUCAACCGUUAAGUCAAAAGCAAAACUGAAACUGUUGGCCCACUUAUGCAAUUUUCUGAUAGAUACUGGCAGGUUUUUUGUCGCAGAUGAAAAAGGCUUAGUUUUCUUUCCUUCCGCGAUUAUGAAUGUACCACAGAACGAUUUCUUAAAUACUAAAAUAUUACACAAACCGCAGAUGUUGUGUACGUUCCGUCCCUUAGUGAAGCAAUGACGAAACUAAACUACGCAAAAUGUACAUUUGCUCAAAAGUUAGACUGGCCACGUCACCGUUGCUUAUGAAAUAUUUGGUGAGGAUAACUUAUUGCCCCCCCCCCCUGGCAGAAAUGCCCCCAUCCCCUAAUACGGCUACUUUGCAUUAAAUCCCGGGAAGGUUAUCUAUUCCCUUGCCUUAAUCCGAACACUAACUUUAAGCCAAAUGUUAAGCGUAACCCCAAUUCCAACUCAAACCCUUCUCUUUACCGUGACUCUGACCUCAGCUCUAGCCUUGUCUUAUCCCUCAACUAGUUUCUCUUGGAUUUAGCGUCCAGUCACGUGUAUUAUAGGAUUUUUAUUUCUGUAACCUGCACGGAGGGUCGAAUAUAAGGUAACACUGGUUUCCACCGCAACAUGUAUGUAAGAAAUGACCAUGUUAAAAUUACUUAUAAGCAUACUCUACAGAAGAAACGCACAUUUCUGUGAUGCAUUCGAUGAAUAAUUGGGAUACAGAACGCUUGACACACCCUAAAUAGAUCAUAUAGAUUACCGUCAUAGAGUUUCACGGGUUACGUCAUCUAUUGUAAGCCUCUUACGUGGUGACGAUUGGUCGCCGCCAUAGUAUAACCCUAUUGCGCACUUAUUAACUGCAAGACCUGUUCUUUCGUCGUAAACUUCAUGUCUGGUUUGGAGUUGCCAACAUGAAGAGCGAAUCCGUAGAGGCAACGGUUGCUUGAAAAAGGGAAAAGGUUAGGGUCCUUGGGCAUUGCUGAAUGAAGGAUCAAUCAGUCAAAGAUUUCAGAAGAUUGUGUUGGUUGUUGUUGUCGUCGAUGAUGAUGAUGGUGGUGGUGAUGAUGAUGAUGAUGAUGAUGAUGAUGAUGAUGAUGAUGAUGAUGAUGAUGAUGAUGAUGAUGAUGAUGAUGAUGAUGAUGAUGAUGAUGAUGAUAGACGAUGA